CCGGACAGCGACAGCGCAGUCGCACUGCCAGCAGGCCGCCAGCAGCAGCAGCUGGAUGUGUGUGUGUGUGAGUGAGAUGUGACGAGGUCGCGGUCGCGGUGUGUAGGUGUGUGUGUGUGUGUGUUAGUGUCCACUGACUGUGAAGCGUACUACACCGCGCCGUAGUGCAGGUGCGGAGAGCGACCUACGUCCAACUGACGGGCUUUGCUGACCAGGACGCGUACCGCCGACACAUGGACCAGGACGACGUCGGCGGGGGCGCGGCCGAGCUGCCCGCCUGCACACCUUCUGCUGCACGCUGCACAGCGCAUUCGACUGUACCCGCCAAACCCCACCAGGCCUACCACCACGACGGGUACGGCGCGGUGUAUCACGUCGUCCGUGAGGGCGCCGACAGCGUCUUCGGCGCGCUCGCCGUGCGGCUGUUCGAUGACGAGACGCACCACCGGGUGGUGCGACGUUCGGUUGUCAACCACGUGGUCAACAACUGGCCGACCUACGCCCCGCUGACCGGAGUCCCCGACCAGGACGCGUACCGCCGGCACAUGGGGCAGGACGGCGCUCGCGGCGGCGCGGCGGAGCUGCGCGCGGCCGCGGAGGCCUUUUACCGCACCGUGGGCGUCGUGCACGACGGCGUGCUCGAGGUGGUCGCCCUGAUGGACGACCCCGAGCCCAUCGUCCUGCGCAGGACCGGACAGACGCCCGAGGAGCACUACGACGCCUACAUCGCCCUGCCGCCGACCGGCUGGGGUGGAGGUGCAGAAGACAUCGCCCUGCUGGGAACCCCGAAACUCGUGGGAAGUCGUACGAAGCGCGAAGCACCAGCGCCGACUGCGUCGAGCUCUGAAUUAGACGAGGCCCAGCCACAGUCUGCGCCGUCACCAGCAGCUCCGGUGGAAGGCCAUCUAACGCCUUGCCUGCUUGGUACAGGACAGCAACUCGCACUGGAAAGUGAAGGGUUGCAGGGGCAAGGCGAACCGGAACCGGAAAUUCAGAGCCAAGAGCAGGGCAUGGGAGCACACACAGUCUGGAUCAAAGAGGAGGUCGAUGUGAGCGACGCUCGAGUGAAGGAAGAGCAGGUGGACUUUUUGUCAGAGGCGCCCGCCGUAUGCACUGACAUGUUGUCAGAGGGGCCCGACGCAGGCACUGACCUGUUGUCAGAGGGGCCCGUCGCAGGCACGGGCAUGUUGUCAGAGGGGCCCGUCGGAGGCACGGACAUGUUGUCAGGGUUGUCAGAGACGGCCGACAAAGGUGGUCGUGGUCUCCGCGUCCAGCCCCUACCUCUGCCUCCCGGUAUCUACCAGACCGACGAGUUCGGCGCCGUGUACAAGGCCGUGCGCAGGGACGGCAACUGCGUCUUCCGCGCGCUCGCGGACCGACUGUUCGGCGGCGAGGAGCACCACAUGCAGGUGAGAGGCCCCGCCGUCCGCCACGUCCUCCUCAACUGGGAGUCCACCUACAAGUCGCUGGUCCGUUCGACCACGGUGUGCGCGUACCAGAUCUGCAUGGAGAUGGCCGGCAUCACGGGCCGCGCCGCUGAGGCGCGCGCGGCCGGCGAGGCCUUCAACCGCACCGUGGCCAUCCUGAAGGGCGGCGUGCUGGAGGUGCUCACCCUGGGGCACGGCCCCGACCCCAUCGUCCUGCGGAGGAUCGGGCAGGCGACCGCGGAGCACUACGACGUGUGCGUCGUCCUGCCGCGGUCAGGCUGGAGCGGUGGCGACGCCGACCUCAGGGAACUCAUGAAGCAGGCCGAGGGAGGUCCGGCAAUAGCGGGACACGCGGCUGUCCCUGAUGAACCCCAGGGAGUGUUCGGGAUAGGGCCCGACGUUCUUGUGGGCGCUGACGUGUUGAGAGAAGCAGCAGGAGCGGCCGAAACUCCGCAGAAAGCCAGACGAAGCGUGCGCACGGCCAAAAAGACACCGAAGAAGAGAGCGGAUGACCCUGGUAACCUGCUGCAGAGACCGCAGGGAGUGUUCGGGAUAUGCCCCGACGUCCUUCUGGCAGUUAAGGACGAGCCACCCGAAGCACACCCUCAGACCGGCGACGUGUUGAGGGAAGAAACGGCCGAAACUCCAGAAGAGCGCAAGGCCAGGCAGAAGAAGAAGUGGGAUAUCCAUCGGAGCAACCGGCGUCGUGAGCUCAGGGCAAACGAGACUCCAGAGCAACGCGCGGCCAGGGCGCAGAGAGCGCGCGAAAAAUAUGCGCGCUUACGUGAAGAAAGUAAGUCUACGAUUAAGAGCGACGUCGUGGCUGAGACUCCGUACGAGCGCAUGAGAAGGCUGAAGAGAGAGUGGGAUGCCCAACGGCGCCUUCGAGAAAACGAGACACCCGAGCAGCGCGAGGCCAGGGCGCAGAAAGAGCGCGAAAAAUAUGCGCGCUUACGCGAGGAAAGUGUGUCUACGAUUGAGAGCGACGUCGUGGCCGAGACUCCGUACGAGCGCAUGAGAAGGCUGAGGAGAGAGCGCGAUGUCCAACGGCGCCGGGAACUUCGAGAAAACGAGACUCCCGAGCAGCGCGAGGCCCGCGAGGCGCGCCAGGCCAGGAAGAACGCAGUCGACGAGGCCAGACGGCGCUCCUGCGUGGCAAACGAGACUCCGGAAGAGCGCGAGGCCAGGCUGAAAAGGAAGCGCGAAGCUAGUCGACGCCGCCGCCAGGAGAGAGAGACUCCGGAGCAGCGCGAGGAGAGGGUGAGGAAGGCGGGCGAAGCACGGCGUCGGAGACAAUCCCUAGAGAGCGGGGCUUCGGAGGGACAGAGCGAGACUUCCGAACAGAGCGAGACUUCCGAACAGAGCGAGACUCCCAGCGCUGUGCAACGGCGCGCCCUGGAGACUCCCGAGGAGCGCGAGGCGAGACUGGAGAGGAACCGCCAGGCGCAACGGCUGCGCCGACAGCGCGAGACUCCCGAGCAGCGCGAGGCGAGACUGCAGCAAAAGCGCCAAGCCAAACGGAAGCGCCGGGAGCGCGAGACUCCCGAGGAGCGCGAGGCGAGACUGCAGAGCAGGCGCGAGAGCCAGCGGCGCGCCUACAAGAAUGAGACGCCGGAACAGCGCCAGCACAGGCUGAAACUGCUGUACGGUUACCGGCGGAAGAGAAUUCUCAAUGAGACACCUGAGCAACGAGCGCACAGGCUGAAACUGCUGUACAGUUACCAGCGGAAGAGAAUUCUCAAUGAGACACCGGAGCAGCGAGCGCACAGGCUGAAACUAAUCCGCGGCUACCAACAGAAGUACUAUCGCAACGCAAGGCUGAGGGAAAACGCCGAGCAACACAGGGAGCGCAGAGCGAAUGAGACGCCGGAGGAGCGCGAGCACAGGCUGAGGCACCACCGUGCGUGGAGAAGGCAAUCACAAGAAGGGGAGACGCCGGAAGAGCGCAGGGAAAGGCAGAGAAAGGGCCGGGAGAGGAUGGCACGCCACAGGAAGAAGAAGAAGAAGAGCUCGGAGGUUAAAGAGGAGCCACUAGAGGGGGCUGCCGAUGAGCCACUAGAGGGGGCAGGACCACCAGAGGCACCGGAGCAGGAGUUCGGCGUUGGGGAGCAAUGAGUGAGACAACUUUGGAUGAGACAACCUGAGCACUACGUUGGAGCUUGCGCCUAGAGUAAUCUCCUGCGACCGUCCGACCGGCGAGAAUGUCGGCGCCUACCGAGUCUGAGGAUAGCAACACGCAGAGACAUGGAUGCUGAAAUCUGAAACGCGGUCGGUGGGGCGUGGAAGCAGUGGAAGACAAUAUGCAUAUGACCACCCCUACGCCUCCACGCCCGGGAUCGAGAAGGGCCGGAGUCGAUGGUAAACGUCACUGCCAAUGGCCCAGAAAAAUGGGGACGACGUCCCCUGAAAGUGUACCCACCCCAAGCUGACUACACCUGGAUGUCCUUCUCGGACGCACCGCAACGCGGCUGUCGUUCUUCGUGGGGUACUUUCAAUACGGAGACAAGAAGUGCCCCGCACUUAAAAUUUUGCUCUUAUUGUAUGUAAUCUUUUAUGAAACCGAUAGAGCAUGGGUUCACUCAAUUAAUUGUGUACGUGUUAAUGUAUAUGUACAUAAAUGUAGAUUAUUUAUUUUUGUAUAAUAAUAUUUGCUUAUUGACACCAAUUAUUUCCUUGUACACCGCCCUUUUCUCCGAAUCGGAAGGACAUUUCUGUUUUCAUAGUAGGGUCUCAUCCAGAAUGUUUGACUAGGGGUGAAAAGUUAAAACACAUUAUCUUUUGCGCCUAUAAUGUCUGGUUGCCCGCUCCCGCUCGUCCACCAAACACAAUUGGCAGGGCGACAACUUUGUAUACCAACUGCAUCUUUUCUACUACUUUGGACUGCCAUUGCAUCUUGUCCACUUGGAGAACCCCUUCCGAGCCUCGUCCCGCGGCGCCGCCCCCCGGCCCGCAUGUAUCGUUGUCUCACUCGCACUUCAGCGCCCAGCCCCGCACAUC